AUGGUAGCUAAUAAUAGCCCAAUGUACUCGGAAGGAUAUGUGAAAAUGAAAAUCGACAUUGGUUCUAUUACAACAACAGCUAAAUUCUGGGUUUUAGAGAAUCUCUGCACUGGUAUCAUAUUAGGUCUUGAUUGGCUCAGAUCGGAUGCUCACAAAGCCUGUAUCGAUUUCGACACAAGUGUAUUCUCUAUUUCGGCAAAUGGAAAAAAAUCAUCUAUAUCCCUAUUACAAAUCAAUACGAAUCAACAUUAUCCUGUUCGUACAUGCGACACAUUUACAUUAAAUUCAAUGGAAGAAAGAAUUAUUGAAAUAAAAAUUCCUGAUCUACCUAAUUGUGGUACAGCACACUUCACGCCAACACCUCGGUUUUUAUAUCACGAUUCAAUCCUGAUGCCACAUGCAUUAAUUAAUGUAAAGAAUUAUAAAGCAUUAAUGACAAUUACUAACAUUUCAAAUCAACCACGAAUUAUUAGUAAGAAUACUCCGAUUGGAAUUAUUGAAAUUGAAUCUCCACAUUCAACAUUAGCAACAUCACCAGUUUUCUUAAAUUUCCCGAUAUAUGAUGUUAAAACGAAGAAGCCAUUUCCAUAUGUUCUUUCAACAGAUGCAUCCAAAUUUGGUAUCGCGGGUGCUUUGAAACAACAAACACCUGAGGGACUCAAAGCAAUUGUAUAUAUAUCUCGAACAUUAAAUGCAGCAGAAAGAAAUUAUUCAACAUUCGAACGAGAAUGUCUGGGAAUUGUUUGGUCCGUAACAAAAUUGAGAGACUAUCUGGCCGAUGAAUCCUUUGUCAUUGAAACUGAUCAACAACCAGCUCGUAACAUUCAUUUAAACCGUACAUCAACCAACAGGCGAGUGAAUAACUGGAAGUUACAAUUACAAGAUUAUGAUAUUAUAGAAAUUAAAUAUAAAUCUGGAACUAAAAACUGUGAUGCGGAUUACAUGUCGCGUCAUCCAUUAAUCAAUAACGAAGAGAUUAAUGAUGAUCUAGAUGGUGUAUGUGCUGUGAUGACAAGAUCAAAAACAAAGCAACAAAAUAUAACAGCACAAGAUUCUUCUUCGACUACAUCAUCAUCUAUUACAUCUCCGAAAGUUUUUCAUUCAAAACACUUAUCAUCUCUUGAUCCUGAUCGAUUAAAAUCUGAACAAAAUAAUGAUGCCGAGAUUCAAGAAAUAAUUCAUGAAUUCACGGAUAAACCUGAUGAUCGUUAUUCGAUAGUAAAUGGAAUUCUUAACAUACAAUUCAAGAAUGGAAAAUAUGUACCAGUUAUUCCAAUUACAUUAAGAAAUGAAAUUCUUCAUUCAUUUCAUGAACAUCCGACAGCCGGUCAUUUUGGUCGAGAUAAGACGUGGUACCGGCUUAAAGAUCGAUGUUUCUGGCCGACUAUGCGUCAAGAUGUGAUUCAUUAUAUUCAAUCAUGCUCGGCUUGCGCACAACACAAUAUCUGA